CUAUUUAAACACAGCUGUAUAGCCCUGUAGUGCUGAUCAAUAAUUUAAAAUCUAUUUAAACACAGCUGUAUAGCCCUGUAAUGCUGCUGUUCGGGGUGCCUGUAGCAUUGUAGCUGUAGUUGAAAUAACGGUAACGCUAUCCUAGAUAUAAGUCAUUAUUCCUCUCCAAUUGUUUUUCCAUAUAAUAUUGCUAUAGCAACACGUUAAACACAGCUCUUAACCAAAGGUAUGCAGCGCGUUUUUCAAAGCGCCUCACAGUCAGAGAUUGUUAUGAAGCGAGCAGCUGUACUCUGCGCUGGUCGUGACACUGCUGUGGAAGUGCUGACUCUACCAUGUCUGCAGCGCAUCAGCACUGUGAUGCAGCAUUAAUAAUGCAUUUUAAUGCUCCGUUUAUUUAAAAGUAAUAUUGACAUACAUUAUAAUAGAAAUGAAAGUGUUUUGUUAGUAUUAUUUGAGGUUGUUUACCUCAAGGUUAAUGACAGUGGGUCCCUGGCUGGGCGCUCCAGUUCCUCUAGCAGGACUCCUGGCACACUGAGGCUCAGCGCCUGUCCUCAGAUGCAGCUGUGCUCCUGCUGGAGAUUAGCAGCUGUGGCUGUGUUACAUGUAGCAGGAUAGAGGGAGAUUCACAUGGAUGCUUUGAACCAGCUGCUCAACUGCAAGGGCUCAGGCUUCCUCUAGAUCUGCUGCAGUCCACUCGUUGAUGUUUUGAGGCUCCUGGGCUCACAGAAGGAUUCAGACGCAGGCAGUGCAGCGGUGCCCCCCCCCCCCCCCCCCCCCCAGGUGAAUGCAGCACAUCAUCGAGCAGAACCCCGACAUGGCCACGGCUCUGCUCGCCGGGGAGAAGCUGCGGGAGCUCAUCCUGCCGGGGCAGCAGGAUGACCGGGCCGGGCCGCUGGCGGGGCUCCUGGUUCAUAUCAAACUGGAGCUGCCCUUCGACCGUGUCGUCACCAUGGGAACCGUUCUCAUCCCCAUCGUCCUCGUCACACUGCUCUUCACCAGGAACUUCGCAGAAGAGUCAAUCUACUGCUACACUCCGCACAACUUCACGAGGGACCAGGCCCUGUACGCCCGGGGGUACUGCUGGACGGAGCUGCGAGACGCUGUCCCGGGGGUGGAGCCCGCGCUCAGACUCUCUCUGUUCCAACACAAGUUCCUCCCAUAUGCCCUGCUGGCCUUUGCUGGCAUCAUGUACAUCCCGGCGCUGGGCUGGGAGUUCAUGACCUCCACACGCCUCACCUCCGAGCUCAACUUCCUGCUGCACGAGAUUGACAACUGCUACCACCGGGCAGCCGAGGGGAGGGCCCCCAAGAUUGAGAAGCAGAUCCAGUCGAAGGGGCCCGGCAUCACAGAGCGGGAGCGCAGGGAGAUCAUCGAGGACGCGGAGAAGGAGAAGAGUCCCGAGCAGAACCUGUUUGAGAAGUACCUGGAGCGCCGCGGCCAGAGCAACUUCCUGGCCAAGUUGUACCUGGCGCGCCACCUGGUGAUCGUCUUCCUGAGCUCCAUCCCCAUCUCCUACCUCUCCACUUACUACGCCACGCAGAGGCAGAACGAGUUCACCUGCGCACUGGGAGAGCCCCCCGACGUGAGCAGCGCCCCCCCGCUGGUCAUCCAUGUGAACUGCAAGCUCCCGGCUGUGCAGCUGCAGAGGAUCCUGUCCGCGGUGGACAUCUCUCUACUGAGCUUCAUCGACCUCAUCAUCCUGGUGAACCUGCUGCACCUGUUCAUCGUGCGCAAGUCCAACUUCAUCUUCGACAAGCUGCACAAGGUGGGCAUCAAGACCAAGCGGCAGUGGCAGAAGUCCCAGUUCUGCGACAUCAACAUCCUGGCCAUGUUCUGCAAUGAGAACCGCGACCACAUCAAGUCCCUGAACCGGCUGGACUUUAUCACCAAUGAGAGCGACCUCAUGUACGACAACGUGGUCCGCCAGCUCCUGGCUGCGCUGGCCCAGUCCAAUCAUGACGCCACGCCCACCAUGCGGGACUCAGGGAUCCAGACUGUGGACCCCAGCGUGGACCCAGCAGCUUUCACAGAGGGGGAGCUGGGAGUCAUCAAGAGACCCCGCAAGAAGAUGAAGUGGAUCCCGAGCUCCAGCCCUCUGCCCCAGUCCUUCAAAGAGCCGCUCGCCCUCAUGAGAGUGGAGAACAACAGCAAGCCUGACAAACCCAAACCCGUCCGUCGCAAAACCACGGCGGACACCCUCAUAGCACCCCUACUGGAGUCCAGCGCCAAGAGCACACAACAAACGCCCAGCACUAAAGCAGGGAUUCUCAGCUCCGUCGGUGUCGGCAGAGGGAUUGAGAAGAAGCACUCGAGGCACUUCUCCCUGGACGUGCACCCCUACAUGCUGGGCACCCGCAAGCCCAAACCAGAGGUACCCAUCCCCAGCCCCCACACCGAGGAGGCGGGCCGGGGGCACACCGUCGUCUCCAUCGCAGACAGCAAGGAGCCCUGCCAGACCCUGUCCAGCACUGUCUACAUCAAUGGGAGCACCAGCAGCCUUCCUGCUGCUGCAUUUGAGGAGCCUGAGAGCAAGGGCCCGGGCUUCAACAGGAACCCCACCCACCCCGUGCUGAACAAAAACCCACUGCACGAAGAGGAGGAGCCCCCACUGAGCACAGAGAGGACUGGAGAGCUCCUGACUGCAGGGCAGUACUGAGACA